GUAGCAAGCCCGCGGUGCGAACAUUCUGUGGACUCAGCUGCUCCUUGCUUCGAAAAAGUCGCAGAGAUUUUUAUUGCCACCUAGGCUGGCAGGACCUAUUUCUCUCUGGAUAUUACUUACUCAGAGUGCGUGUUUUUGGCAGCAUUAACAUUUUCAACGCAAACGGAACAUUUUCCCUUAUUGCCUCCGUUGAACACACGGUCGCCAAAAUGCCGCUAAAUUCAAGUUUGGCGAGUAAAAACUACGACUACGAUUAUGACAUGGUUCAGCCGUACUUCUAUUUUGAAAACGAUGAGGAUUUCUAUCACCAGCAACAAGGACAGCUUCAACCGCCCGCUCCAAGUGAGGACAUUUGGAAGAAAUUCGAACUGCUGCCCACUCCGCCUCUGUCACCAAGCCGACGACCCUCGCUCUCCAGUUUCUACCCCUCAACAGCAGACCAGCUAGAGAUGGUGUCAGAGUUUCUAGGGGACGACGUUGUCAACCAGAGUUUUAUCUGCGACGCAGACAGCUCCAAGUCUAUCAUUAUACAGGACUGCAUGUGGAGCGGCUUUUCUGCUGCAGCCAAGUUGGAGAAAGUGGUUUCUGAAAGACUUGCAUCGCUCCAGGCUGCUAGGAGAGAAUCUUCAUCAAGCGACAGCACGGAUAGCAGCCGGUUGAAUGCGAACUAUUUGCAAGACCUGAACACCUCUGCUUCGGAAUGCAUCGAUCCUUCGGUGGUCUUUCCUUAUCCCCUGGCCGAAAAUCCCAAACCCAGCAAGGUGACACAGUUGACAAUCAUGUCAAUGGAAACUCCUCCCAACAGCGGUAGUAGCAGCGGUAGUGAUUCAGAGGAUGAGGACGAGGAUGAGGAAGAGGAGGAAGAUGAUGAGGAUGACGAAGAUGAUGAUGAAGAAGAGGAGGAGAUUGAUGUAGUGACCGUGGAGAGGAGGCAAGCUGUGAGGCGGAGCGACUCUGACCCCUCAAACUUGCGCCAGCACAGCCCCCUGGUGCUCAAGCGGUGCCAUGUCUCCACCCAUCAGCACAACUACGCCGCCCCGCCCUCCACCCGUCACGAGCAGCCCGCUGUCAAGCGCUUGCGCCUGGAGCCGGUCACUGCCAGCAACAGCAGCCGUCCCGGGAGGCAAUCGGGUGGCAGCCGCAAGUGCUCGAGUCCACGGACAUCAGACUCUGAGGACAAUGACAAGCGCAGGACUCACAACGUGCUGGAGCGCCAGCGGCGCAACGAACUCAAGAUGAGCUUUUUCGCUCUGCGGGACGAGAUCCCUGAGGUAGCCAACAACGAGAAGGCUGCCAAGGUGGUGAUCCUUAAGAAGGCCACAGAAUGCAUCUUUAGCAUGCAGUCAGAUGAGCAGAGGCUCCUGUCACUUAAAGAACAGCUGAGGAGGAAAAGUGAACAGUUGAGACUAAGGCUGGAACAGCUACGGAACUCUCAUGUAUGAAGUCUGACCUGAGGAAAUAUCAAAACAAGAGACAUUUAAAUGUUCGGCUUUUUUAUGCAAGACUGUUGCUCUGUAUAGUUGACGUUGCAUGCAAAUGCAAUUUUUUUUUAAUCUUGUCUGAUUUACAUGUUCAACUGCCACAAAGUUUUAAAAGUGGCAAAAUUUAAUAAUUUGUAUUUAAGUCAUUUAUUUUUAUUAAUAAAAUAUAAAAAAUAAGGCUGCUAAUUGUGUAGACCUUGAAAAUAAAUACUCAGUUUUGUAUUUUUUUUUUUUUUUUGUAUAUAACGAAUUUAAUAUUUCAUAAGAAGUGUAUUUUUUUUUGGUCUUGAUUGUGCGAGUGUUCAAACUUUGUUUCACUAU